UCUCAACAAGAUGGCGGCUGUUCCAGAGAACAGAGUCCUUUCCUACAGUGUGUUUAAAUGGAGCUCUUACUCCUCUACGUACCUACCAGAGAACAUUCUGGCUGAUAAACCUAAUGACCAGUCUUCUCGGUGGUCUUCUGAAAGCAACUACCCUCCACAAUACUUGAGUCUGAAAAUGGAGAAGCCUGCCAUUGUCCAGAGUAUUACUUUUGGAAAGUAUGAGAAAACUCAUGUAUGCAACCUGAAAAAGUUUAAGGUUUUUGGAGGGAUGAGUGAGGAAAAUAUGACAGAACUAUUAUCCAGUGGCCUGAAAAAUGAUUACAACAAAGAAACAUUCACUUUGAAACAUAAAAUUGAUGAACAGAUGUUCCCAUGUCGAUUCAUUAAGAUUGUUCCACUGAUGUCCUGGGGGCCCAGUUUCAACUUCAGUAUCUGGUAUGUUGAACUGCAUGGGAUUGAUGAACCUGAUGUGGUGCAGCCGUGCCUUAACUGGUACAGCAAGUACCGUGAACAGGAAGCCAUUCGGCUGUGUCUGAAGCACUUCCGCCAGCACAACUACACUGAGGCAUUUGAGUCGCUGCAGAAGAAGACAAAGAUCGCUCUCGAACACCCGAUGCUGACUGACCUUCACAAUAAACUGGUCCUGAAGGGAGAUUUUGAUGCUUGUGAGGGACUAAUAGACAAGGCUGUGAAUGACGGCUUAUUUAACCAGUACAUCAGCCAGCAAGAAUAUAAACCUAGAUGGAGUCAGAUUAUUCCAAAAACUACAAAAGGUGAUGGAGAUGAUAGCAGGCCAGGAAUGAGGGGAGGACAUCAGAUGGUGAUAGAUGUCCAGACAGAAACCGUGUAUUUGUUUGGUGGCUGGGAUGGUACGCAAGAUUUGGCCGAUUUCUGGGCAUACAGCGUUCAAGAUAAUCAGUGGCUCUGUAUAUCCAGGGAUACUGAAAAAGAGAAUGGUCCCAGUGCCAGAUCCUGCCAUAAAAUGUGCAUAGACUCCCAAAGAAGGCAGAUCUACACACUAGGGCGCUAUUUGGACUCCUCUGUGAGGAACAGCAAAUCUCUGAAAAGCGACUUCUAUCGUUAUGAUAUUGACACCAACAUAUGGACGUUACUUAGUGAAGAUACAUCAGCUGAUGUUGGACCCAAGCUUGUUUUUGAUCACCAGAUGUGCAUGGACUCUGAAAAACACAUGAUUUACACAUUUGGCGGAAGAAUAUUAACUUGCAGUGGCAAUGUGGAUGACACUCGGACUAAUGAGCCACAGUUCAGUGGACUGUAUGCCUAUCACUGUCAAUCUAAUACAUGGAAACUUCUCCGGGAAGAUUCCUGCAACGCUGGUCCUGAAGAUGUCCAGUCAAGGAUAGGACACUGUAUGCUCUUUCACACUAAAAACCGCUGCUUGUAUGUCUUUGGGGGGCAGAGAUCCAAAACUUACUUGAAUGACUUCUUCAGUUACGAUGUGGACAGUGACCAUGUAGAAAUCAUAUCUGAUGGCACAAAAAAGGACUCUGGCAUGGUCCCAAUGACAGGUUUUACUCAGAGAGCCACCAUUGACCCAGAAUUGAACGAGAUCCAUGUACUCUCUGGGCUUAGCAAGGACAAGGAUAAACGGGAGGAGAAUGUGAGAAACUCGUUUUGGAUAUAUGACAUAGCCAGAAAUAGCUGGUCAUGUGUCUACAAGAAUGAUCAGGCAGUAAAAGAAAAUGCAAAUAAAAGUCUACUGGAGGAGGAGCCCUGCCCACGGUUUGCCCACCAGCUGGUUUAUGAUGAACUGCACAAGAUUCACUAUUUGUUUGGUGGAAAUCCUGGCAAAUCUUGUUCCCCUAAAAUGAGACUGGAUGAUUUUUGGUCACUGAAGCUCUGCCGCCCAUCCAAGGAGUACCUCCUCAGACACUGCAAAUACCUCAUUAGGAAAUACAGGUUUGAAGAAAAAGCUCAGACAGAACCUCUAAGUGCUUUGAAGUAUUUACAGAAUGACUUAUCUGUAACUGUGGAUCACUCAGACCCUGAAGAAACGAAAGAGUUUCAACUCCUGGCUUCAGCACUUUUCAGAUCCAGCUCAGACUUCAUACCACUGGGUUUUUCAAACGUGGAUCAGACCUAUGCUCAGCGGACUCAGCUGUUUGACACUCUGGUGUAUUUCUUCCCUGACAGCAUGACUCCUCCAAAAGGCAACCUGGUUGACCUCAUCGCACUGUAGCAGAGCAAGGAAAAAGCACCUUUUUAGUAUUUUAUUUAAUAGCAACUAGAAAUAUUUUUAUAAAGGUUCUAGUUCCAAAGUAAUGGUCAAAUGACUACUUACCCGUUUUGGGGGGAGUGAGUUUGUAAUGAUAAAAUCCAGCUUGAGUGGUUUUGGUCAGAAAGUGUUACCUCUGGCUUUUUAAUCAAGUGCCCCUAGUUGGUAUAAUUUAAUUUCACAGGUCUGUUUCUCAACAGUGACAAAUAUCAUAGAUAAUGUUAGAUUAAAUUAGCAAAAUCACAUUGGUCUUUCUAUUGAGACUAUCAUAGUUCAGUCUUAUAGUUGCCUGUAAUUGGAUUAAAGUGUACUGAAGUAUUAUUUAGAAAAAUAAUUGCAGUGGUCAGAAUUAUUUUAGGUUACAUUUUUAAUUUUUUUUUUUUUAUCUUGGUUUGCUUUUUUUUGUUUGUUUUACUUCUUUGCUAAGAUACACUGAUUGCAACUUUUGUGUUUUUCUGCAGGUAUUUUUAAAAAUAAAGAAUGCUUCAGUCACCUAUUGGAAUAAUAAGAUUUCAUGAAUGUCACGACUUCUGUAACCUUUUAGUAGGUUUGCUGUUUACCUUGAUCUGAUAUUUUUUAAGGGCUUUUUUUUUUUACAUACCAUUUAAAAAUGUACAUUUUUUAAAUGUCUCCAGAGAUUCAUAAAAAUACCGACUGCCUUGUCAAUUCUAUCACAUUAUCUGAUUGUAACAGGUUACUGAAUGUCAGAAUUAAUAUUUAGUGCAGUCCAAGAGUUUUAUGAAUGCUGAAUCACUAGUUCUUUUGUUAGAGCUUAGUGAUCUGAACAACUGAUGGUACAGACACACACAAAAUUAGGUAUUAGCCCUAGUUGGUAUUUUACAGUGAUGGUACAGUAUAUGUGCCUUUUUACUGCCAACUGUAUGGGCAAACCUGGUCCUGGUUUGUAAGAUUAGCCUAAAAUUUUACAAAAUAAUUUAGAAAAAAAAUCUCUAUCUAAACAAAUUGCAUCAGAAGAUUUUUUAGUGAUUUAAUCAUGUCUUUUGUCUUAGCUACUCUACCUAUAUUUUGCUUUUAAACCAAUGAAAGUUAUGCUCAGAAAGACUUUAAGUCUUUUUGUCCUUCUUGAAAGUGCUGCAGUUAACUUAUUGAUGUUGCCAAAACUAUUUUAUAUAUGAUACGUGAAUGUGCUACUGAUUUUACUCGUUAAUGGGUUCAGGGGUCAUCUCAUGUCUUGCUUUGUGUCUGUAUUUUACAGUGUAUAUGUAAAACAAAAUUAACAUAGAACAAAAUAGUUGUAUCAUGAAAUUGGAAGAUUGUAGUGGUAUGUAAAAUCAUAAUUCUCCUCAAAAAUCCACCAGUUGUGAAAAAAGUAUAAGAAUAGGGUUUAUAUGUAAAUGUUGGUAUGUGACUAUUCUGCAUUCCUGUCCCUGACUGUGAUUGCCGAAACAACUGUGAGAGUAGGGUUAUGCAAUAUGGGUUUAUUCCUGUCACAGUGUUGGUUGUAAGUAUCGUUUACAUAAUAUGGAAAAAUCAUUAACAGAUGUGAUAUUGUUUUUUUUAACCUUACAUUGGUAAUUACAAAGUAUUAGUACCCAUCAUACCUUCGUUAUAAGUUGCUUUACUGAAAGUAUGAAACUACUUUUUAAAUAGUUGUUCCUACAAGUUUGAAAGUGGUCAUGAAUUUCCAGAAAUUGGCAAUUUUUAAAAAUGAUUUCAGUAACUUUUAUUAUUUUUAAAAUGCCCUACCAUUAUGAUUCAGAGGUAACUUAGUGAAAGUAAAUCGCAGAAAAAAAAAUGCAUAUUGUGAUUCAUAUUUUAAGGUCUUUUCCAUGGUUAAGGCUUCUGUUAGAUCAGUCGUGUUUGCGUGAUCUGCCAACAUGGACUAUAUCCUUAGGAAUACCCAUUGUUUACUAAAUUUGAGAGUAAAAAAAUAAGUUAAAAUUACAAAAAUGUCUUGCUUUUAAAUAUUUUAUUUUAUGCAAUGUAGCAUUGUAAACUGAAAAAAUAAUCCUUUACAGUGCUGUGUAAGAACAAAUACAUAUCUUGUGGGAUUGUGUCUGGUGUGCAGUAAACUGAACAGUAAAUGCAGUGUUGGAUCUUCAACAUGCCUCUGUUUCCCAUGUGUACAGUGAUGUGACAGUACUGUUGUAGGUCAUACUGAUAUCACUUCAAUAGAAUACACGACAAUGAUUGCAGAAGAAUUGCAUGGUGCUUUAAUUUUCCCAGUUUCAUUGUAGAGCUAGAUGGGAAUUAUUUAUAGUAAACAGGAUGGGAUGUGGGGAUGGUUUUAAAUGAUCUUUCUUACAUGCUCCAAAAAGCUGAAGCAAACUGUUGGUCAUCUUUUCUUUCAGUUCCAUUAUGACUUACCUAGCUUCAUUAAUCCAGUGUGUUCUGGGAUCUACUUUUUCUAAUCAUUUAAUUUUAAACAGGUUUAUUGUAAAUUGUUUUUUACUCAUUACAAUGUCUUAAUGUCAAAUAUCACUCAGGGUACAACGAUUCAUUGUCAUGCUGGAAAAACAAUGAUGCAAAUAUAUAAGGAUUAUAAACUAUAGCUUCUUUAUAGAAGAAAAAAAUGAUUCAGUGAUUUAGAUGCUAGAUGUAGUUUAUGUCAGCAUUUAAUAUAUCAUGUAAGAUGUUUGAUAACAAUUCCCAUUGUAUAUUACAAUAACAAAAUGUAAUAAAAAGAAAAUCUUGGCUAUGAUCAGAGAACUGAACAACCUACAACUUUCAUGUUACAAUUGUGAGAGAAACUAUUAUUUUAGAAGUUUGAAGCCAAAAAACAUAACAUUUUAUCAUUAACAUUUUUUACUUUGUGUUAAAUUGGCCAAAUCUAAUCUAACAAACUUAUAUGACAAGUUGAUUUUGUAUUUUGUUUCAUAUCCUAAAAAGGGAAAGCGUUGAAGAUGUUGUAUUUUUUUGUCAUUUUUAUUAACGCAUUCCGCCCUGAAUUGUAUUUGUUGAGUUGAAGAAUGCGGAAUUAAGUUAUAUAAUUAAAAAAUGAACUCUUUUAUUGAGUAUACAUGAGAACAGAACACACAUAGAUAUAUAUAU